ACACUUUAACUGUUUUAAUAAUUUAGAUCACGGUACGACAUACACAUAGUUAUAAUAUCUUUUAUAUAAUAUGUCUUAUGACCUAAUUGUUAGCAUUGCUUUCGAAGAUGAAACGGUACAAUAAAAUAAAAUGUUGAGUACGCAGGCGUUCGUUCAACUACAGUAUUGAUUUGAAUGCGCAAUAUCACGUAGCUAUGGUCUCAUUUCGAAAUGCGGACAUUGCUGCUGUUAACUAGUCAAAUUGUCGUGUACGGAAGGUAUUGUUUCUGACUUAUUGUAAUAAACAAAAAGGUGUUCGACAAAAAGGAAAUUGGAAAACAUGGUAGGACCAAAUGUUUCUUUGUGACUAACCGUUUCGGAAGGUGGGACAACACAGGGCGCAUCCUUUAGGACACCUUCCGAACACGAGCGAGUAAAUACGGAACUCGCAACGCUUUGUAAGGUGUAUCCUGUAAGCCCUGUAACGGGGCCCGGGGCAGCAAGGUCCGUAUGGGAAUUAAGUCCCGAUCCCGACAUGGUCGGGCAUCUACCAAAUACUCCAAUUUCUAGCACCACUCAUCAAAAUCAUAGAUCUACUAAGGGUUCUGAAUUGCAGCAGAGAAAUGGCCCUGAUGAUAAUAUUUAUGCCGACGAAACUGCUCCCGGCCAAACGCCAUCUAAUGAAACCAAACAAAUUUUUGAACUUCUUAGAUCCGGUGAAAUUACGGCCGUAGAUGAAUUAGUAGAAAAGAAUGGUUUAAGCGUAUUGAGCGCAAGGGAUGAAUGGGGAUAUACUCCUGCCCAUUGGGCUGCUUUGGAUGGAAAUAUUGAAGUAAUGAGAUACUUAAUAGAACGAAAUGGACCAGUAGAUCUUUCUUGCCUCGGAACUCAAGGACCACGACCAAUACAUUGGGCUUGCCGAAAGGGUCAUAGCGCGAUAGUUCAACUGUUACUGAAGGCGGGAGUUGCUGUUAAUGCAGCAGAUUUUAAAGGUUUAACUCCUCUGAUGACUGCUUGUAUGUUCGGAAAAUUUGCAACGGCGGCAUUUUUAUUAGGGUCCGGUGCAUUAGGACACUUAACAGAUAUAAACGGCGACACUGCCCUUCAUUGGGCUGCGUAUAAAGGCCAUGCAGAAUUGAUAAGGUUACUUAUGUACAGUGGAGUAGAUUUACAAAAGCCAGAUUAUUUUGGAUCUACACCAUUGCACUUGGCGUGUCUUUCUGGUAACAUUAGUUGCGUUAAGAUAUUGUGUGAGAAGAGUAAAAUUGAAUUAGAACCCCGUGAUAAGAACGGUAAAACACCAUUGCAAUUGGCGAAAAGUCAUAGACAUUCGGAAAUCAUAAGGAUACUUCAAGCUGAACAGAAACGAAGGUCUAGGUGGAUUCCACCUAUCAAUGAACUUUGGGCAUUAUUAUUCGGUGGUGCUGGGAACAGUAAAGGUCCUAUAUUAUUAUUUAUGAUAUCUGUCCUCUUAUGGGGAUAUCCAAUGUAUUUAUUAAAAUGCAUCCCGUUAACGUGGAAUCUUCUACGCGGUAGUCAUUACUGCUUCAUUUAUUGGAAUAUUGUUAUGUGGAUUUCGUGGAUUGUAGCAAACAGAAGAGACCCUGGUUACAUACCACAGAACAGCGAAACCUAUUACAGAGCAAUUAAACAAAUCCCAUACUUUGAUAAAUGGAAGAAAAGAAACGUGUUGUUAUCUCGAUUAUGUCACAGCUGUAGAUGUUUCAGACCACUAAGAGCUAAACAUUGCAGAAUAUGUAACAGAUGUGUUACGUAUUUUGAUCACCAUUGUCCAUUUAUAUACAACUGUGUGGGUUUAAGAAAUAGAAUGUGGUUUUUCCUGUUUGUAAUGUGCAUAGCAAUAAAUUGUUCAUUUACAAUUUACUUUGCUUGCUACUGUAUGGCAAUUGAAGGAAUCCAAUUACUAUAUGUAUUGGGUGUAAUAGAAGCUUUGGUGUUCUGUGGACUUGGAUGGAUUUUAACAUGCACUUCGGUAUUACAUGCUUGUAUGAACUUGACAACGAACGAAAUGUUUAAUUAUAAACGAUAUUCAUAUUUAAGAGAUAAAAAAGGAAGAUACUUGAAUCCAUUUAGUAGAGGUCCUGUUCUUAAUUUUAUCGAGUUCUUUCUUUGCCCUCCAAAUCACCAGGCAAAUGAUCCUCAAAAUUACCAAAUACUUUCAGAAGAUAUCAUGUGAGCUAUUACAAAAUCACUAUUUUAAUAGCAAUAUUCCACUUCUAAAAAUAAAAAUAUUUGAUUAUACAAUUACAUAAUUAUACAAUAUCUGCACUCAACUUACCAAUGCCUUUAAUAUUAUCGCUUUUUAUAUAUAAUAUUAAACAUACAACAUAAUGAUUCAAUAAAUAAUUUAUUA